CUGUAACUCUUUCUUCUCUUAUUGUUCCCUCAUUUUCUUGUUAUUAUGACCAAUCAAAUAACAAGGAUUCAAGUUGCAAAGAACAAUACUGAAGACUCUUGUUGGGUUAUUGUCAACAAGAAGGUUUAUGAUAUUACUAAAUUCUUGGCAGAUCAUCCUGGAGGUGACGGGAUCCUGUUGGAAUUUGCAGGGACCGACAUCACAACUGUCCUGAGUGAUGCCAACUAUCACCCUCACUCAGAAGCUGCCUAUGACUUACUGACAGAGUAUUAUGUUGGGGACCUGAAGGAUACGGAAGUAACAGCAGACAAAAAGAAAAUAAAGCUUGAGAGGGGUGGCAAAUCUGAUCGCGACCGACAAUUUUUAGAUCUCCGGAAGCCUCUUUUCCCUCAACUAUGGCAUGCCACUUGGUCAAAGGCUUAUUACUUGGAACAAGUGCAUCGACCUCGCUAUACCCCAUACUAUGUAUCUUAUUUCGAGAACCCUUGGAUGGAUGUACUUUCCAGAACACAUUGGUAUACAGUACCAAUGAUAUGGUUACCAUUUGUCUGCUUCCAAGUAUGGAAAUCAAUGCAUGCACCUAAUUACCAUACGAUAGAGACAACCCUUCAAGGAUUUGGUCUAGGCAUUGCAUUCUGGACAUUAUUUGAGUAUGUCUUGCACCGCUUCUUGUUUCAUUUGGACGCUCUUUUACCUGAUCAUUCUCUUGCUUUAUUAGUUCAUUUUACACUGCAUGGUAUUCAUCAUCAUAUGCCUAUGGAUAGACUAAGAUUAGUGAUGCCACCUGCUUUAACAGUGAUUCUGAGCGUACCUGUCUUUAAAUUAGCACAUACCUUGUUUCUUCCUGCUUUUGCUUAUGCGUUUGUUGGUGGUGCAUUCUUUGGCUACGUAUGCUACGACAUGAUUCAUUAUUAUAUUCACCAUGCAAAAGUGAUUGAGAUCUACUUUAAGGAGCUAAAGAGAUAUCAUGUUGCUCAUCAUUACAAGAAUUUCGAAAGCGGAUUUGGUAUUACAUCCAAGUUUUGGGAUUAUGUGUUUGGCACAGUCUUGAUUUGUGAUGAAAAGAAAUAACACUUGUAUUAUCAAUAAAUUGAAUGUAUCUAGUAAAUAGCUACAUUUCAAGAAAGGGAAUUUCAAUUGAGAUUGGCUUGCACUGCGAAUGAUAUUUUAUCAACACAGAAUGUGCCUUUGUGCGUGGCAUUCAUCAUUUGUUGUAUCCAAAGCUAUUCUCUUUAAACCUCAUAAGCACCAAGUAUGAUAAUGCCAUUUGCUCUCCUA